UGAAGGUUGCUCAGAUCACGUGACAACGCCAUCUUGUUGGUUAGGUUAUUUCCGGCCAAAUAAUACAUCCGAAAAAUCCACUAUCAUCGGGGUUGUUAAUAGAAAUCCAUCCAUUUUGGCUGGAGAUUUUGGUCCACUGAUAUCUACCAACCAAAAUGUGGAAGCUUCGUGAAAUAACCGACAAGGUCACCAAUGUGGUGAUGAACUACAGUGAAGUGGAGGCCAAGGUGCGGGAAGCGACCAACGAUGAUGCAUGGGGUCCACACGGCUCCUUGAUGAACGAGGUCGCCCAGUACACAUUCACGUACGAGCACUUCCCUGAGGUGAUGGGCAUGCUAUGGAAGAGGAUGUUGCAUGACAACAAGAAGAAUUGGCGCCGUGUCUACAAGAGUUUGAUUCUGUUGACGUACCUGGUGCGGAACGGCUCAGAACGUGUGGUUACCAGUUCCAGAGAACACAUCUACGACCUGAGGGCGCUGGAAAACUACACCUUCUCGGAUGAAAAUGGCAAGGACCAGGGACUGAAUGUACGCCACAAGUGCAAGGAUCUGCUAGGCUUCAUCCAGGACGACGACAAGAUCAGGGAGGAGAGGAAGAAGGCCAAGAAGACGAAGGACAAGUUUGUGGGCGUGUCAGGAGAUACUUCAGGUUAUAACUCCUACAGUGACCGGUAUGAGGAAGAGCCACGCAGGACCAAAAAGCUUGAUGACAUCGAUGACUGGGGCGGCGGAAAGAAGUCCAUCGCCAUCGAAGCAGUAGACAGGGUCAAGGAUGUAUGGAACAAAGUCACGGGCCGACGAGGGGGAGCAGAAGCACCAGACUUCUAUGAUGAUGAUGAUAGGGGAAGUCGCUAUGACGACAAAGUCAGUCGCUAUGACGACUACAAAGAGAGGAACCGAGACCGAGAACGAGAACGAGACAGAGACCUUGAUCAUGAUGAUGAUUACAGUGAGAAAGAUCGAGACCGUCCAAGGGAUCGUGAUCGUUAUGAAUAUAAAGAUGAUGAUGAAAAUGAAUUUACAUCAGUUGAAAGAACUCAUACAACACGUACAGAAAAAAUUACGACAAAUAGACGAUCAAGACAAGCAAAGAAAAUUGAUCUCGGAGCUGCAAGCAGUUUGGGCAAAGAUUCAGAUUCAGUGAGUGUAAAUAGUAAUAAUGUAGACGGUGCACCUAGUCUUAUUGAUAUGGGACCUCAACAGAAGACGGGAGAUUCUUCAUUUGCUGAUUUCAGUGGAUACCAGUGUGCAAAUGCAAAUGGAAGUUUUGAUGAAUUUAACCCUAGGGCAGCAGCAACACCUCAGUCACCAGGUCAACCAGCUGAUUUCGGUGACUUUGCGCAAUUUCAAAAUGGAGGAACAGUCUCAUCUCCCACAGGCUCUGCCAACUUCGCAGAUUUUUCUCAGAUGAACACUGCCAACUCUCCGACGUCACCCAACACUGGAACACCAGCAGCUUCCAACACAGCCUCCGCAACCAACGAUCUCUUUGAUAUGUUAGGAUCAACGUCCCCCAAGUCCAACCCCAUACAACCUAUGCAAACAGCCCCCAACCUCAUGUCAUCGCCGGCUGCAGCCCCUUCAACCAUGAUGCCAGCCCAGCCUGCAAUGGGGGCGACAUCACCCAUGAUGAGCAACCCCCCGAUGGGGAUGGGGAUGCCAGUUAAACCAGGGAUGCCCAUGGGGCCGCAGAUGGGGAUGGGUGGCAUGGCCCCCGGCAUGGCAAUGCCAGGACAGAUGCCGAUGGGGAUGAUGCCAGGGAUGUCGCCGCACAUGAUGGGCCAGCAGCCCAUGAUGUCGCCCAUGGCAACGGGUAUGAUGCAGCCCAUGCAGAUGACUGGUGCAGGGUUUGUGCACUCCUCAAUGCAAAAAUCCAUGUCCUCUUCCAUGCAGGACACCUCAACCUCUGACCCUUCGUCAGCAGGGCCACAAACACCCAAGAAGCCGAACACCUGGUCUGAGUCAAAGGUAGACAUAAGCCUGGACACCCUCAACCCAGCGAACCGGUUCCAAAAGCAGGCCCAGCCCAGCAUGAACCAGCUACAGCAGCAAGGCAUGAUAGGAUCAGGUGUUGUAAUCUGGUACCCUGAGAUAAACUACACAGGUAUGGGGGGAGGAGGUUCACCCUCUGGGGGCAUGUACCCCGGUCAGAGUCCGGCCAUGAUGGGGGGGAUGUCCACACUCAACCAGGGCAUGGCCAACAUGAAUGUCGGGGGACCUCCCCGGAUGAUGAGCCCACAACCCAUGAUGGGACAAGGAAUGAGCAUGCAACAAGGGAUGAUGGGAGGGAUGCCCCAGGGCAGCAUGGGGAUGCAGAGCACCACCGUGUCGGGACAGUCGACGUUCCAGAAGCGCACAGACUCCGCCUUCGCAUCCUUCGGCAACGUCAAAUAGUGUAGCCCACCAUCACCAUCAGUCAAAUAGUGCAUCCAUAGUCAUACUUACAUCACUUACACAUAUACACCCAUCCAGAGAUAUCAUUCGUAUCACCCUCCUAGGCCUAUUUUCUAUAUAAUAGUACAGUGACAAUUUUAAAAUUUAUAUCUACCUGUCAUAUUAUGAGCUCUUUAAUAACACAACAUCCUCGAUAAACCAUGAUUACAUCCAUUCUAUUAUGAUAAGUACCCUGGAUCCCUUCAUCAACGUAGCUUUGUUUCCGAAGUGAUGUUUACCUCCAUCUCUCUUAUCACCAACUUUGCCCCAAAUUUCUCUUGCUCAUAAGCUUGAUAUCAGCAACCCAAAUCCCUCUUCUGAACACAGUUUCAGCCUCAAUCUACAUUCAAAACCUGGUCUCAUCUGAAUGAGGGUAUAAUGUAUUUGAUCCAUUUAGAUACAGUUAUAAACUAACACUUAACUUAAGGUGUUCUUCUGUUUUUAUGACUGGGGAAAGAAGUCCUUAUGCUACAAGACCUAUUUGAGACAACUCGAAAAAAUCGAGUUUAAUACUGACCACGGUGAUAGCACUGCUUGUUUCAGUCACACUGUAAUUUGCUUUUGAAUGUCUUUUUCAUGUCAUUUGAACCAGAUCGAAAACAAAGAUGGCAAAUGGGUCCAGGGUAAUUGUCGUUAUGGAAUGGAGAUUUAAUACACUGCAUAAUCGAGGAUGCAGACACAGUGGUGUAGUCGUAUGUGUUUUGCCUUAUGGGUAUGUCAUUUAGCACAGCUGGAACAGUUUCUAUCUAAUUAUAUGUAGAUGUAUCGAUAUUUGAUAUGUGUUAGAUCUUUAAUCUUUAUACAAGUUUUAUACAUUGAAGUAUUUUAAGUUUAGUAAGAUUAUUAAGCAUAACAUCAAAAUGUUAAAUGAGUGUAUGUAAAACUGUGGCUGUGGAGCUUGUUUGUAUGAGCAGGGCCAAAUAGUAUUCUGAUUUCUGAUUGGUUGGUGUCAUGGGGGCAUAUAUUUCACCCACCUGUCACAUUGUGACAAACAUUGGCAUCACAUUUUGCUAUAUUUUUACUGGACUCUUGAAACAGAAUCAUUGCUUUGGUAUGGUGCAGUCUGGAUUUUAUUAGGUUAUAGGGCCUUUGGUUAGGUGCACACAGAUACAUUCCAGAAUGUUGUCGUAUCGAUUCUGUCUUACAUGCCAUGUUUUAAAUAACAUUUAAGGAACAAAAUAGAUACAUGCUAGGAUAAGGCGCCGUUGCAGUUAAAAAAAGAAUAAUUGUAGAAUAGGUCCUCAGUAACCCAUGCUUGUCAUAAGAGGUGACAAACGGGAUUGGGUUGUCAGGCUUGUUGACUUGGCUGAUGAAUGUCAUCGUAUCCCAAUUGCAUGGAUCGAUGCUCAUGAUAUCAAUCACUGGAAUGUCUGGUCCAGAUUUCAUUAUUUACAGACAGCCUUUAUAUGGCAGAAAUAUUGCUGAGUGUGGCGUUAAACAACAAACAAACAAAUAUUGUUUGCUGUAAAGUUGCUCGAGGAUGAGGAUCUGGAAAUGGCUUGUACUUGUAGAGCUCAUCGUAUCAAAAUGCACCUUUUAUCAUUUGCCACAAUUACAUAUGCUCUUUUAGCCCAAUGCCAAAUUAUUUGUAAACCACAUGACACAUGCUGUAAUCUGCUGAAGAUUAUCUUCCAGUUUUCUAUUCUACCAAGAUUUUGAUUUAUAAAAAUUCCAUGUUGCCAUGGUAACAGAUGUACAGAUUAGUUAUUGUGGUAGAGGGGCUGUGUAUUUGUCGAAGCAAAAGAAAGCAAAGUUUUAAGAUUGAUUAAGCCAAAUAAAUUGUUUUAAAUUUUUUUUGGCAAAAAUGAAAAACAUACAAGUUGUUGUUUGAUUAAAAAUAUUUUUAACAUUUUUUUUAAAGUUUGUUGAAACUAUAUUUCAAAAAGGUUUUAAGAAAGUAUCCUAAAUUCAAACCAGACAACAUAUUUGAGUUUUCUAAAGUUCGGCUCCUGUCCAUUUGGUACAGGUAUAUUGAGACAAGAAAAUCAAUAACACAUUUAUUUUGGCCUGUCAUUGAUUACCAUUAGAAACAGGUUCUCAAAACGUAAUUUACUCUGGUUUGGUAGUAGUUAACACAGCAUUUUAUGAAUUGUCAGCACUCAAACACCUUCAUGAGAAUUGGAUCAGAACUUUUAACAAUAUGUUCUGUUACACUACAAUACUGCCUGCAGUUUGGGAUAAUUCUGUGUUCUACACAGCCUCUGUAACUAAUUCUCAUUCCUUUCAACAUAUAUUUCAAUAUUAAUAUUUGCAAUAUUCCUGUGUUCAGAUCAGACAGCACAUUUUGCAUAUUCUAGACAUUGAAGACAAGCAUUUAGUUACUCUUGGUAAAUAUGACAGACUUUCUUCAUAGCAUUGUUAUUUUUUGCUCAAAUGUGUGUUAUCUCAAUGGCCCUAUUUCUCACAGAGUGUAGGGAUAAAAUAUAUUUAUUGCAUACUAGUGAUAGGUAUGAAUGAACUUUGUAUAAUGUGAUUAUUGUGGGAUGUGUAUUAGAGGUGUUUAUGUAUACAUGGCAAGAAGACAUUUUACCCGGGAAGUCUCAACUCGGCAAUUCUCCAGGCAUUGGGAUAUUUAUAUCAUCACUAGUAGAUACAUUAUUUGUAUAAGUAACAUCGUCCAGUACUUAACUUCUAAUGUUUCUUGGAAUUGGGGUGACAAACUGAUUUUCAGUGCUUUUAAUUUGCUUUUAGCUUUAAGUAAAUCUGAGGUUUCAUCACCAACCACUUCAUGCUGUUUGACAUAUUCUACACCUUUUCAAGCAAUUGUUAUAAGGCGACUAUCGGGAUCAGGUGGUCAGGCCUGUAGACUUGGAUACAUGUCAUCGUAUCCCAAUUGUGUGGAUCGAUGCUCAUUAUAUCAACCACUGGAUUGUCUGGUCCAGACUGGAUUAUUUAUAGACCGCUGUCAUAUAGCUGGAAUAUUUCUGAGUGCGUCAUUAAACAACAAACAGACAAUUGCAAUCAAUACUUGGUAGAGGUUCUAAAAUGCAUUGUAUAAACCAAGGGAGAUAACUCCUAGAUAGACAGGCCGUGGUUUCUUUUUUAAGUUUAUUGUGUAAGCAGAAGGAAAAAGAGCUUUACUCAGCUCCUAUGCUGCAGUGUUAAAGUUCACCAUGUCAAGUGUGUAUUAGUGAGUUUAGUACCAACAGUACAACUAGAAACAGGUAGCCUAUGUCACACAGCACCAAGCCUUGUGUUAGAAUAAUUCACCUGCAAGGCUUGUGGACUCUCGAUACAAUACAUGAUUGGGGAUUGUCACAAUAUCCAAUGAUAUUUACAAGUUGUGCGGUAGUAUGUACAUUGUCAAGUAAACUGAAUUAAUCCAGGUUUGGUCCAACUGACCAGAUUGGCUACAUCUCAAAUUAAAGCAAUGGCCUAUAUCAGUGGGCUGGAUGAAAAGACUUAUUCUUUUUCUAAUGCUCAAAUUAAGUGAAUAGAAGACUUUAACUAUAGACAGUGGCUUUUGGAUGAUGAUGUUGAUGCCAUGUCCUCAACACUUGCUAGGACAUAGUUUCAAACCGUAUUGUAUCGAGGGUCCUACAUUGUGAUUUGUAUCUAUAACUUCAGAUAUGGUAGCAUCCCAGAUGUAGUCAAUGGUUGUUUUGUGGGUUUCUGAACUGACAUAGUUUAAUGUUCAAUUCUGUAGUUGUGAUCAGUAAUGACAAUUUUGCAAGGACAUAUCACUUAGUGUUACAGUGGGGUCUGACAGUGGAGAUAUGUAAACAGAUUUCAAUACAUGGCAUCUGACUCUUAUUUAAUGGAUAAUCUCCAGUACAGGGAUGACAUUAUCUAUCUACAGCACUUACAGAACAAGUGCUGGCGUACAGGGCCCUAUUCCACGAAGUGAUCUUAGUGUAAGGUGAUCGUACCAUAGCCUUACGAACGUUGUAGCACUAAUAUCGCUUUGUGAAACAGGGCCCAGGUCUAGAAUCCUUACCCAUGUUCCAUGAUAAACUACAAUACUCAGAAAUUAAAGGAGUUUCAAGAUGUGGGUCAUUUUUUUUAGUCCGUACGACACACUUGAACUAAGUUUUUUUUUAAAUAACCUAGCAUCUGGAUGCUUCUAUCUAUUUAUAGCUGUCCUGUAAAUGUGUUGCUUUGUGUGUACAGACAUCUGUGUAGUCAGAAUGUAUAUUCAAUCGAAAUAAAAGAACGGACCGUUGUAUCUUCAUAUAGGUAAGUGUUAAAAUUUAUCCCAUUUACAAUGAAGGGAGGUCACUCUAUUUCUUGCUUCAUAUUGGAGCAAAUAGAUUUUUAGUUAAUCGGUCUGUUGACAUUUUCUCCCGUCUGUUGCAGAUUUUAAUGACAGUUGUUUCUGUACAUUGUUCUUCAAGUCCACCAUCCAGAAUUACAUAUAUAUAUUCAGCUGAAAUGUGUUGGCCAUUUCAUAUUACUUCUUGUUUCUCAGAAAGCAUGCUCACUCUGUGGAGAUUUUAAGUAUUAUCUUUCUCUUGGAUAAUUAUUACUGUUGGAAAUGUCAAAUAGCAAGCAUUUUCCCAAUAUGCAACUGACUGUAGCUAACUUAAAAACUAUUCAGAUGUGUUUUUUACUCCAAUUUGUUACCUGUCCUGAGUGAUAAAAAGUUCAUCCUGAAAGCUUACACAAUGAUCCUCGGAGUAGAGUGGAAAUGUCCAUGUCAUCCCAUUCUUUUUAUCAUAAUUCUAGAGCAAGGUAUAUCGCUUUGCUUGCUUUGAUAUAUCAAACACAGUGGUGUACGAAAGUUGUGAAUUUUCAUUCCAAAAUUAGUGAGAUGUACAUAAAUCCUGAUGUUAGUACAUACCUAGCGACAGUUGUUUGUACAUGGUUCUGUUGUUGAUUAUAUGUUUUAUAUGGAAGUGUAUAUAGCAUCACUGUUAAGACCUCAGUUGUGAGGUCUGUGUGUAUAUGUACUGAUACAGAGUAAACAUGUUAUGUAAAGAGA